AGUGUGUGCGGUGUGCAGAUAAGCCAUUGUGACAAUUCCAAUCUAAUUGAGCUGUCUAAUCUAUCUGGGCAAUUAGUAUCAUCCGUGCCGUGUGGUAGCCAGCAGCAGCGGAUCGUUGGCGGAGUGAACUCGAACCGUGGUCAAAUCACGUACAUCGCCAGCCUUACCAAGCGGGGUGGACACUUUUGUGGGGCCUCGAUCGUCAACGAUCGGUGGCUUCUAACUGCCGGACACUGUGUGUGCAGUGGCGUGAAUAAGAUACUACGCGCGAACCAAAUCCAGGCCGUGCUCGGACUCUACCGCCGGUCCGAAUUCGGUGGCAAUCAAAUCGACAGCGACCCAUUCUCCGACCGUGCGUACGAGGUCGGCAUCCGGACCAUCGUGCCCCAUCCCGGGUACGUCUGCAACAAACCGUCGAACGAUAUCGCUCUGCUGGAGCUGGCCCGGCGCAUCGACUUUAGCGCAUCCGUGCGGCCAAUCUGUCUGUCGAGCGGUGCGGAUGGGUCGGCCCGCGUCGAGGGCCAGACGGCGGUGGUGGCCGGAUGGGGCUGGCAGCAGGAAAACCGCAACCUUGGCGACAAGGCGGACACGCUGCAGCGGGCGGUGGUGGAUGUGUUUCGGAACGAGGAGUGCGAAAGCAUGUACCGGCGGGGCAAUCGGUCGCGAACGAUUGCCCGGACGCAGCUGUGCGCGGGCAAGGGCACGGGCGGUGUCGAUGCGUGCUGGGCCGAUUCCGGCGGUCCGCUGGUGACGAGCGACAACGUGCUGAUUGGCAUCGUUUCGACGGGGAUCGGUUGUGCGCGGCCUGGCUUUCCCGGGAUUUACACGCGCGUUAGCGAGUACGCCAGCUGGAUCGUGACGGUGAUCGAUCGGUUGUCGCGUUGAACAGGCGAAGGGACAGGUGAUGGAGAAUAUUUUUUCAGUAUUAUGGGUUUGCUAGUAGAAGCAAAACCAGCCCAUCUAGUCAAUUUUAUGCCAAUGCAUUUUUCAUCAUUUAUCAAGAUGAUGCUAUUUAAGAUAGUUGUAAGAUUGUUAGAAUGCUUAAAAUAAUU